CAAACCAAACGUUUUUCAUUUCAUUUAUUUGCAUUGGUUUUGGGGUUGUGACUUGUCAAUUUAAUUGUAUACUGUUUAUUAGUACUAACAUUUCAAUUAUUGUGAUGUCGAAAAAAAAACAUAGUAUUGCGUACAUUAAGCCGGAGGAACCGAAAUUUCUUCGAGAUUUGAAGAUUAAAGCUGGAUACAAGGAAGGACCUACUAUUGAAACAAAGAGAGAGCAAUUAGCAGAAGCUACAGACAAGGACUUCGAAGAUACUGAAGAGGAACAGCCUGUAGUUGUGAUUUUAAAAAGUGGAGAUUUAUCUGCAGAGGAAGCGGCUGCUUUUCAGAAAAAGAAGGAGGAAGAGGAAGCAAACAAACCAGCAGAUCUUUCGAAGCCAAUCAUUUUUCAGAAAACUAAAGCUUCUUCUGAAGAAUCCGUUAACGCUGGAUCUCCACCUAACAAAAAAGCCAAGAAGUCUAAGAAAGAACAGAAAAAAGCUGUACUUUCCUUUAACGAUGAAGAGGAUGAAGAGGAUGAAGUGAAUUAAGAAAUUAGAGAACUUCGGUAUGCAGUGGUUAGUCCAAUGUUUUAUUUAGGUACAUACGUUUUAAAAGUGAUAUUUUAAAAUUAAAAUGUUUUUAUUUCUUCCUUUUUAAGUACACGUUUAUAAAAUCAGAAAAUUCAGAUGAGAAGGGAUAGAACUUAAGUCGUGUAAAUGAUGUAAAUAGUCAAAUUUGAACAUGCGAAUUUGUACUAUUAUGAUUUGAUACAAAUAAUAUUUCACUAUUUACUUUAA